UUGAUAAUUAUAUCAAAUUGUAAAACCCUAAUUUACAGAUUUACUCCCCACUCCAAAUUUCACUUCUUCCUCUCACGAUUUCUCCUUAAUCCAGCUGAAGCAGCUUCCAAUGGCGAUUGCGCAGUCAAAGCGGCCCUUAAAUUUGACCCUCCACGCUUUCUCUCCUCUUUUCAGAACCAAUAUUAACCUCUACACCUCUUCCUCCGCCGCGACCGAGCUGAAUCAAAACGACGUAGUUGCAGGAGACGAUACCGAGGAAGCACGCCCCGCCGUCGAACUCUCGUCAGCUGAAAACUUCAUCGCCGGAAAUUUCUACUCGUUAAUCAAAGACCACCACCGCAAGAACCCCAAUUUAGCCUUAAACCCCGUAAACCCUAACGUGGCGCUGCCAUCUCUCUCUUUUGAGUUUUCGAAUAUCUCCACCGUUCAAUCCGUAUCGGCUGCCGUCGUCCGCCACGUGAUCGACAAAUGCGGCGCUCCACGCCACGGUAUUCCCUUCCCCCAAACUCUCGCCUUCUUCAACUGGGCCGCGCCGGCGCUGGAGCCUUCGCAAUCUCUCGAGCUGUUCAAUGAAAUGGUCGAUCUCUCCGGAAAGGUACGCCAAUUCGAUGUCGCUUGGAGCUUAAUUGAUUCGAUGAAAGCUCAAAAUAUGAAGAUUCCGAUUGAAACAUUUUCGAUUUUGAUUCGGCGGUAUAUUCGUGCCGGUAUGGCUGCAGAGGCGGUGCAUACUUUUAAUCGGAUUCAGGAAUACGGAUGCGAGCCUGAUCGGAAGGCUUUCUCGAUUGUGAUUGGGAUGUUGUGCAGGAAACGCCGGGCGUUUGAAGCGCAGGCGUUUUUCGAUAGUUUGAAGGAUAAGUUUGAGCUUGAUGUUGUGGUGUAUACGAGCUUAAUACAUGGCUGGUUUCGAGCGGGUAACAUUGCUGAGGCUGAGAGGGUUUUUAAGGAGAUGAAGGAAGCUGAGAUUCAGCCUACUGUGUAUACUUACAGUAUUGUGAUUGAUGCAUUGUGUAGAUGUGGGCAGGUAACUCAUGCACACGAUGUGUUUGCUGAAAUGAUUGAUGGCGGGUGUGAGCCAAACUCGGUCACUUUCAAUAACUUGAUGCGGGUUCAUGUCAAGGCCGGGAGGACCGAGAAGGUGCUGCAAGUAUAUAAUCAAAUGAAGAGGCUUUCUUGCGAGCCGGAUGUGAUCACAUACAACUUUCUGAUUGAAACGCAUUGCAAGGAAAAGAAUCGAGAGGAUGCUCAGAAGGUGCUUACUUCUAUGAUCAAGAAAGGGUGCGAGAUGAACGCACCAAGCUUCAAUCCAAUCUUUAGGUGCAUAGCGAAAGACCAGGAUGUCAAUGCUGCGCAUAGAUUGUUUGUGAGGAUGAAGGAUGUGAAAUGCACGCCCAACACAGUGACGUACAAUGUGUUGAUGCAGAUGUUUUCUGAGUCGAAGUCUACUGAUAUGGUCAUCAAGCUUUGGAACGAGAUGCACGAGAAUGGGGUGGAGCCUAAUGUGAAUACUUUCAAGAUUCUUAUUUCCUUGUACUGCUCAAUGGGGCAUUGGAACAAUGCAUACAAGUAUUUUCGGGAGAUGAUUGAGGAGAAAUGUUUGAAACCUAGUCCACAGGUGUAUGAAAUGGUGAUGAAGCAGCUGAGAAAAGCCGGUCAGCUGAAGAAGCAUGAAGAACUAAUGGAGAAGAUGGUCGAUAGGGGUUUCAUCAUUUGCCCUCUAUAGAGAUCGACCCUAUCACCGUUGGUCCACUUGCUUGAUCGUGCAGUCUGCAGAAGAACAACUGGAUUGCACACGAUCAUACACUAAAGGGAGUUGCUUUGAAAGGGUAUGUCGAAAUGCUAGCUACUUGAAACUCUGGUUAGGCUGGCUUCAUUGGUUAUUAAAUUUUGCAAAGAAUUGAUGCUUAUUGCAUCUAUGUUGAAGAGACAACUGGAUUCUGAUUGUUCUCUUUAGGCACCAAACACUUUUCAGCCUCAUUUGAUACUAUAAUGUAUGUGUGCGCAUUUGCUUUUGAACUCCAAUAGAUUGUAAUUUCAAUGAAUAAUGUUGUGUCAUUGUAUAAAUAACAUCUUGUACACUACAAAAA